AUGUGCGUCAAAGUUGUGCAGGAAUAUGAAAGGGUCGUGGUAUUUCGACUAGGUCGCUUAAUGCCUGGUGGUGCGAAAGGCCCCGGUAUAUGCUUUAUUGUACCAUGCAUAGAUACUUACCGUAAAAUCGAUCUACGUGUAAUCUCAUUCGAAGUGCCUCCUCAAGAGAUUCUUUCCAAGGAUUCGGUAACCGUAGCUGUAGAUGCAGUUGUAUAUUUUCGGAUAUCAAAUGCUACUGUAUCAGUUACUAAUGUUGAAGACGCUGCGAGAUCAACAAAGCUACUUGCGCAAACAACAUUAAGAAAUAUUCUUGGAACGAAAACUUUAACCGAAAUGCUUUCUGAUCGAGAAGCUAUUUCUUUACAAAUGCAGAUAACUCUUGAUGAAGCUACAGAACCUUGGGGAGUGAAAGUGGAGAGAGUAGAAGUAAAAGAUGUCCGACUCCCCAUUCAACUUCAACGUGCUAUGGCUGCAGAAGCUGAAGCAGCACGUGAAGCUCGAGCUAAGGUGAUCGUUGCGGAAGGUGAACAGAAAGCAUCACGAGCUCUUAAAGAGGCCGCUGAAGUAAUCGCCCAAUCACCAUCUGCCUUGCAAUUACGAUAUUUGCAAACUUUGAACUCAAUAAGUGCAGAGAAAAAUUCGACAAUAAUCUUUCCGCUUCCCAUUGAUUUAUUGUCAUCAUUUUUUCAUCGUGCCGCUUCCAAGGUGAUGACUAAAACACAUUCCAGCUGACAAUAUUGCUAUCAGAAACGAGCA